GUGGCCUAAAUGAGCUUUCCUAACCUUUAGCAGGUUAACUCACAUAUGCAUCUACUGAUGAGGCCAGUUUUGUCUUUCAUAGGAAGUCGAGGCGAAAUGUCAUGUCUGAACAUCAUCACACACCAGUUCUCUGUCUUGAACAGAGUUUCAGUCAAACAGGAAGUUGUAUUUUCCCCUUUUGCUCGUCCAGAAGAGAAAGAGGAAGUUUUUUCUGUCCCCUUCUGAGCGUGUUCACAUGUUGCAUCGCCACAGUCCUCUGUCUGAGCUUAUCAGGACAGGACUGCCAUCAUGGACGUCUACCAAGAGGCGGUGGAUUAUCUGGAGACGCACCAUGUUCCAGUGGAGGCAGAGGCAGACGCCUUGGAGGAUGUUUUCCAUGAGGAGGUGGUGUCCUGUUUUCUCUCCCCUCUGAACACUGAGAGCGUAGACUUCCCCGACACCCCUACUCUGUUGAGCACAGAGGAGCUGCUGGAGAAGAGACUUGUGGUCCUAAAGGGCAUCCUGGGGAGUGAAGAGGUCUAUCUCAGAGAGCUGGAUGCCCUGCUCAUGCCCAUGAAGGCUUUGCGUGCCUCAGCCAGGACUUCACAGCCGGUUCUGUCCAGCCAAGAGGUACAGACCGUUUUCUACCAAGUUCCUGAGCUCAGAGAUGUUCAUCAAAGCUUCUGCUCCGGUCUGAAGGACCGUCUGAACGCUCAGAGCCAGACAGAGCUCGGUACCGACGAGGAGGCAGGACUGAAAUGCAGAAACUUCGACCUGGAGGUUGGGGACUUGUUUCUGAAAUUGGUAAAUCACCUCAGCCUCUACGGAGGGUUCAUUGAAAACUAUGAGAAGGCUGUGGAAGUUGUCAGGAAGUGCACACAGUCGGACCCUCGCUUUCGCACUCUUGCUGAGAGUUUGAUGUCCAACAACGGUGUAGAAAAGGCACGGACGAAGUACACGUUAGAAGCGUUGCUGUACAAGCCUUUGGACAGAGUAACCAAAACCACAUUGGCACUCCGUGACCUCUUAAAGACGACACCUGUGGAGCACAGAGAUAAUGCUGCCUUACAGGAAGCACUAAGACUGUCUCGCAGCUUCCUUUCAGGUGUCAACGAGAGUUCACAGAGUAAAUGUGGGGUCACGCUCAGUCAUGGCAUGAGACGUCAGCUGAUGCGUGACGGCUUUGUUGUGGAUGUGAACGAAGGGGUGCGCAGCCUGCGUCACCUCUUCCUCUACACCGACCUCUUGCUGUGCACCAGAUGCAAGCAUGCAGUCAAAGGGAAACAGGAGCAGUACAGAUUCUGUUGGUAUCUCCCUCUCGCUGGUCUCAGGCUCCGCUGGACCGCGGAUAAGAAACGUUCUUCUGACAUAAAUAUCCGGUUACACGACUUACGGACCAAGAUGUUCAUCCUGCAACAGCAGUUACAACAACACACGAGAGGUCCCAGGCUGAUGGCUAUGAAUGCUCGGAGCAGGAAGAAACUGGAACAUCUGGAGCUAAUGCUGUAUACGUACGCUCCGGUGUACCAGCUGGAGCUGCACAGUCCUAGUGGGAAGAGUCAUACUCUCUGCUUCUCUUCCCUGUAUGAACUUGAAGAAUGGAGGGAAGCCAUCCACAAACUCACCACAAACAACAUUGAAACUGUUCCACCAGAUCUGCUCACCCUCACCAGUUCAUGUGUGAAGCUGAGAAUGACCCAGCAGCCACCACUUCACAGCAUAAGCGCAGGAGAGAACAGGGGCUUAUUAUGUGGGACGUUCAGUGUUGCAAUCCACUCAGCUCUUGGACUACAGCAGCCAGCCUCUGUUUAUGUGUGUGUUGAGGUGGAUGGGUAUGACUUUUUUGAUGACGAAACACAAUCACACCCUUCAGUCAACAGCCUCAACCCACACUGGGACCAGGAGCUGACUUUCCAUGUGGAUGGUGCGCACAAUAUGAAGGUUCUAUGUGUGAGUCAGAAUGAAGGACAGAAUGAUACAGUUCUGGGGAAAACUACUGUGAAGCUAGAGAGUAAACAAUUAACUAAUCGAUGGAGAAGACAGACUCUGCAGCUUGGUCAAGUGGAGGUGAUUCUCUCCUUGAAGUACAUCCAUCAUUAUCUUCAACCGCCGAGCCCCGCUGCUCAACAACCACCCGUUUUCUGUGUCCCCAUUGAAAGAGUGGCGCUACAGGAGAGGGUGGUGGUUCCUCAUGUCGUGAGAUGCUGCGUAGAGGAGGUGGAGGGGAGGGGCAUGGACGAGGUGGGGAUCUACAGGAUUCCAGGAACCGCCACUGACAUCAACAUGCUCAGAGCUGCAUUCAACAGCAAUCUGAGGGAAGCUGUAACCAGACUGAGAGGUGCUGAGGUGAACGCCGUCUGUGGUCUCCUCAAACUUUAUUUCAGAGAGCUGCCGGAGCCUCUGAUACCCUCUGAGAUGUUUCAGACUCUGGCCAAAGCUCUGGAUAUCCAGGACCUAAACGCACGUCUGGUGUCCAUGUUGUCCCUGCUGAAGUCCUGUCCUGAAGUCAAGCGCCACACCUUCCUCUUCCUGCUGCGUCACCUCCAACGAGUUGCACAGAGAGAAGAACUCAACAAGAUGUCCUUGUUAAACCUGGCUACGGUUUUUGGUCCAAGCCUUUUACGUCCACCAGCGGCUGGACAGGGACACCAUGGACCCAAGGUGGACAUCUCUCAGGAGGUGGUGAUACAGGUCCAGGUGGUUUUCAGCUACCUGCAGUGUGAAAACCUCCCAGGAGCUCAGACCUCUCUGCCGUUCCUCUCAGAGGCUGACGAAGGUCCCACCUACAUGUGAGACCCGCUGGCCCCUGAUUUAAACACCUGACCUGGAGACACCCUAAGGAACUGUACAAUAAACAUAUUUAUUGAUUGUAAGAAGAA